AACGAUGCAUCAAGACGUGAACCGCGAACUGUCGAAUUCCUCAAACUGACUUUUAGUCUGCAUGAGUCAGCAUGGCGAUGCAAAGUCCCACCGCUGGAUUUAAAACCAUAACUGGUUAUAUUUUACCUGAACGUCACGCUGUACAGUCAAACCAAGAAGACGUUUCAGAAAGUGAAGAUGAAGAAGAGGAAACACAGCCUGAGUUUUUGGACAUGAAAGAGAUGGACUCUGUGUCAUCUGGGGGAAACAUGUUUAAAUCUUCCGUGGCGGCGUUCAAAGAAGUGCCGUUCAUGGCUGGUAAUAAGACAUACCGGGUCGAGGGCCGUUUUCCCCUCCAUGAUCCCUGGUGGGAGGUAACCUGUACAAUUCGCCAAGGCCGGCACAAAAAUUUUGUCAAAGGCUUCCCCUCCUACAAGCUCCGGACUGAUCUGAGAUCAGAGGGCCGGUCACUCGUGUCUCUUUUUCUUACAGCAUGUGGGGCGGUACCUGACUUUGUUCAAAUGUUUAUGGAGUGGUUGCCUAACAGCAGACACGUAGAGCCUGUCAAUGUGCUGGACGCUCUGCAGGAAUUUGAAGAUUCAUCACCUGAGAAUAAAGCUGUGGCUGAACAGCUCAAGUCAAGUGUCAAUCGCUCAGUUGCUUGGACGCAUGUGAGAGUUGCCAGCUUGUACCCUGAAAUCAUGAAAUACUUACCAACAUUGCUGCCAGGCCAGUUUAUUGACAUAAUAAACAAAGGAAGGAUGGAAAACAGGCCAGAAACUUCAGAACAAGAUGAUCCUACUACACAAAAGCAGAACAAUACAAAUGUAUUGGCCAAACUUGAGGAGCUCAUUAAGACUGAUCCAUGGAAGUUGGGUUUCAACUAUAUCAUGUUUAAAGAAUUACAUCUGGUCCGGUGUGAAGCACAAAUGGAGGCCUUCAAGCUUUGCAAUUUAUUUUGGAGUAUCCCAGUGCUGCAGCGUAAUGCCUUGGUGUUGUAUACAGAGCUGAAAAGACACUGCAGAGCUACUGGUAGCACAUACGCCGAACUUGAGAUGCUGGUGGAUAAGGUAUCACGUGAGACGGGACAUCUGGGUGGAUGGGAAGCUGUGCAUUUUCUUGUGGAGCAGGGGGUGCUGAAACAGGAAAGAAAGUGUAAGAAGGUGUCACUUCGGAACCUCUUUGGCUAUGAGAAAGGCAUUGCUGAAUACUUGAGAGGCCUAGUUGAGGGAGACCCCUGGAAUAUCCACUUGGAUGUGAGAAAGGUUCUUCGUGAAGCUCAACUGAAUAGACUAAGGGCGAAAGCCCGUGAAAAACAAGGUAUGACUCGUUCGAUGAAAUUCAAGGCUGAUGCAGAAGCACAAAAUGGCAUUGUUCAGGAGGUUAAGGUUGAGCAGAUGGAUCUUGCUAUUCCCCAGCCUGGUACUUCAAGCAUGGUCCACCACAAUGGAGAAACGACAACGUGUGAAAUGACAAAGCUCACUAUUAAGGAGGAAAGUCUCCCUUCAGAUUCAGACACCUCAGAUGACUUCGAUAUUGAUCCCGCAACUAUAGAGUUAGAUGAAGAUCAAGUGCGAGCAGCAGAAAUGAUGUGUGCCAACCCGGUGACGGUGAUCAGUGGCAAGGGGGGUUGUGGGAAAACGACAGUGGUCAGCCUGGUGUUUAAGGCGGCCAUGGAGCAACAGACAAGUGACAGGGAAGAGGUGCUGCAGGCCUGUGAAGUCUUUCAGAAUGACUCCCAGGGGUCCAGUAAUGGGCUGCUGCCAGACGUUCAAGAGGAGAAAAAAGAUAGUGAAGGGAGUGACGGUGAUGAAAAGCCUGUUGAAGUUCUCCUCACUGCUCCUACAGGGAGAGCUGCUUCACUUCUUACCAAGAGAACUGGUUUCACUGCUUAUACUAUGCACCAGGUUUUAUGGAGUUUCAUGAACACAAAAAAAGAUCCAAAUGGAAAUCCUGAGGCAUGGAAGUUUUCGAAGGUGCGGGUGCUGGUAGUUGACGAGGGAAGCCUGGUGUCUGUUCAGAUCCUUCACUCCAUUCUCAGCAUGCUCACCAAACACGCAGACCUCCAGAAGUUCGUCCUUCUGGGAGAUGUGAGGCAGUUGCCCAGCAUUGAGCCUGGAAAUACACUGUACGACCUGUUCGAAGGUCUCAGGAAGGUCCGUUGGGCUAUUGAGAUGCGGACCAACCAUCGUGCCGAAUCUGAGCUCAUUGUCAAAAACGCUGGACUCAUCUCAGAGAUGGGUAAAAAAAAAUAUUACAGUCCUCUGGAGUUUGAUGCCACCAUAGACAUGAUGAGACCUUCCAAAGUGCCAGCUGACAAAAGGUUUAUUUUUGUGAAAACCUGUGGUGACAACGGUAGAUUUGACCUCCAGAACGCCAUUAUGUUCUUGCUUAAUGAAGCUCCUGGACUGGAGGAUGAUAAAUUGUCACAAUUUGUGGCUUUCAGGAGGAUGGACUGCGACUUGAUCAAUGAGCUUUGUUGCAAACAUUACUCUAAACAUAUCACCAGGAUUUCCAAAAAGAAAUUGAACUUUCAACCAAACGAUAAAGUUUGCUGCACUAAGAACGGCUACGUCACAGACCGUGAAAAGAAGCCGGAAGAGACUUCUUUUGAUACUCCCAGAGCUGUACACGAUAGUGUUAGAUCUUCCCAUGAUAAUGCCGGAAGCCGGAGCCAAAAUGAACAGAUGAAAGAGAAGAAAGAGCGACUGUGCAAUGGGGAAAUUUUCUUCAUUAAACAUGAUGUGACUAAGGAGGACGAGGAGAAAAAAUGUAAAAAGAUACGCCUCUUGACACUAGAUGAUGACAAUGGGCGUGUGGUGACUUGUAGCUACAGAGAACUACAGAGAAAGUGUAAAUUGCGCCAUGCUUGGGCGAGAACCAUUCACACCUUUCAGGGCUCAGAGGCUGAAACAAUUGUGUACGUUCUUGGAAACAGCACUGCUCAAAAUUGGCAGCACGUAUAUACCGCAGUGACACGUGGUCAGAAGCGCGUGUAUGUGGUGGGUAGAGAGCGUGAUCUAGAAGGAGCCAUCAAGAGAUGGAUCACCCCUCGUAACACACGGUUGUGCCGCUUCGUCACAAACGUAGUUUCCCGACAAGGUGCUGAAGACUCUUUGACACAGUCUGCCUGCAGUCAGAGUCAAGAAACUCCUGUGAAUCAUGGUUUCGGGCCUUCACAUUCUACGCCAGUGGCUUCGCAGACUCCCAGUUGCUCACAAAAUCUCUCUAGACCUUCAUGCGUACGACACCUCUACAAGGAGGAAAAUGGAGAAAGCGAUCAAACGUCUAAUAUCUCAUUGCAAGAAGAUGUGGCAUUCAGUCAAACCUACUCUUGGUCGCCUAUGGACAGUUGUUCUGAGCCAAGCAAAGUGCAGGAUGAAAAUGCAUCCGAAAUUUCCAAUCAUGUUGAAAAUGCACCGUUGUUAGCAGCGAUCAGCUCUUCCUCGAAUGAAUGCAGUAGAGGCUCUAAACGGCUAAUUCCUGUAGACACCUGCACUACGCCCACUAAACAACCAAAGCAAACCACUUCUGAAGAGUCUCCGCUGGCCAGCACAAGGCUGAGGCUUCUGUCUAUUUCGAGUCCCAGACCCAAAUCCAGCAGGCAGCUCUUCCCAGAUAACUGAUGUUCUCACAGGGAACAGCCUUAGAGUGGUCAGUGCCUGACCCAACAUUCCAGUUUUGGAAAGAACUUACUUAAUGCGGUUAAUUUGGUUUUUCAGAGGGUUUGUAUGAACAUGAGCUUUUUACAUAGUGAUUACAUGAUGACUUCUGUUUUUUAAAAUGGUACUUUAAUGUAUGAUAAUAAUCAUAAGAAAAACAAUAAGAGUAACUAUAUCAUAUUUUAUAUUGUGGCUCUGUGAAAGAAAUGUGUGAGUUCUAUCUGCUGUCAGACAUCCUUAGAGAAGGAUUACUCUUCAAUCACAUUUAGGUAACAAUUGAGUAAAAGAAUGAUCAAAUCCAUACGUAAAUCAGUCAUAACUCAUCCUUGUUUAUGUGAUUUUAAAACACUUUUAUGUAUUUAACUCUAAUCUUACUGGCAAAAAUGUUAUUCAGGAUAAUUUCUUGUUUAAAUACCCUCAGUGUUUCUAUAAUGUAAAUCACAGUUUAUAUCUAGUAGGGCCCCAGUAAUAUUUUGUUUCUAGAUUGAAUAUUUUAGGAUGCCUUUUUAACCGUUUAAUUGCACUUUAAAAUUUCAUUAAGGUUUGUUUGGUCGUUGAAUUUUUAUUGUUGUCAUAAUUUCACUUUCUAUUUAAAGCCUGAAGAAUGGACAGGUUUAUUUCAAAAGCUCAGUAUGAUGGUUGUCCAAAAAUAAACCAGAAUGAACAGUA